UAAAUAAAUAUUUUUUUGUUUGCUUUCUUGCAAGUUUACUUUUGGUGAAUGAAAAAUGCCUAAUUUAUAAUUGUAGUCAUAAGUAAUAUUGCAUGCAUUUAUUUGAUAAGAAACUCAUAACGUAAUGUAAUACAAUAUGUUUAACUUUGAUGUGAAAUUUAUAACUAGCGAAGAGUCACUUCAAUUGUCGAAUGUUGACUUCAAAAGUUUCAAAUAUGAGACCAAAAAGCGGCUUGAUGAAACUGUGCAAGACUCCGCUAAGCGUAGUUACUGUGAAUCAAGAGGUGGUAACUGGCGGGCUCCAAGGCCCCGACAGAUUCGGAAACUAGAGUCCAAACUACGCGAUAAAAGCAUAAUUACCUCAGAAUGGACGAACGACUCUCUCAUCACCAUAGUUUUUUCAUCAGGAGCCAUAGCCUACCUCACUGUCAAACCAAGCACAUUAGAUGUAACCCAAAUACUUUUUGAUAGAUACUGUGUUGGGAAACUGGCAUCAACAACUAUAACGGGAGUUGUUUUGAGCAGUUCACACAUUAUGUUUGCUCACGCAGAUAGAGUUGCAACAUUAAUUACCUUCAGCAAAGCUGCUAAUUUUUCUCCAUGUCGAAUAUCUGACAGAGAUCCGCAUAUACAAACUAUAGAGCUUGGGGGAGGUCCACGACGCACUGAACGUCGCUUGUCAUGGUCACAAAGUGGCAACAGGCUGCAGGUGUUGAUAUGGAGCACUGCCACCGCCGAGCCAGCCCCCUGGAGCCCCGUCCUAGAGGACCAUGCCAAUCUACACCUGUAUGACAUUGAUAGGCAACAAAUGUUUCUAAGAGCAUUCCAUCAAACAGAGAAUGAAACAUUAUUAGCUGAACUGUCACACAAACACGACCAUGUGGUGCAUAUUGUUGAACAAAUAAAUUGUCAUAAGGCUGGCGUUAGUUUAGAAUGGAGCCGCUUCGACUGCGCGGGCGCAACCGAUAGAGUGACAAAGUUGUCGGCGCUGCGAGAUGGCGACACUCGCGCCACACUACCGUCGCCCGCGCGCACAGUAAGGCGAUCACCGUGCGACCAAAAGUUGCUGGUCGCGUGUAUAGACGGCACGUUGCAUGUAGUACACAGCAUUGCGGGGAUCACGCACUCCACUAGAGCUAGUUUUAUAGCCACAGACGUGCGAUGGUGCGGAGAAUUAAUAGUAGCGGCGGAGGAGAGCGGCCGGCUGCAGUGCUUCGACCGCGCGCUGUCGGCGCUGCAGCACCACGCCAAGUGGCGGGACCUCACCGCGUACAUACGCGAUGGCCGCCUACAAAUACUGGCCACUCGGAAAACCAUCGGCGGGUCCUGUAUCCUGGCAACGUUCAACUGUGGACCACUGGCCCUGUUGCGAAUAACACAUGGCCGAUUGUUGACGGCGUGGCUACAAGCCGGUCGCAGCUCUAACGCGGUGUCGCUGCUGCGCGCCAUGGACUGGGACGAAGAAGGCACGGAAUGCUUGUGGGCCGUCAACAAACUGGUCUGCCAGGCGUUGCGGAGCGGACCAGCGUGGCUGGCGGAGGAAGGCGCUGCGCAGGCGGCGCUGGGCGCGUUCCUGGCGCCGCGCGGCGCGCCGCCCGCCGCCGCCGCGCGGUUCGCCGCGCCCGUGCACGACCUCGCCAGGAAGUUCGCGCACCACCUACUCAGGCGCGGCGGAGCGGAGAAAGUGCUGAGCCUAGCCGUGGACCUACAAGCGUGGGACGUGUGCUGCGACGUGCGCUGGUGGGCGGCGCGCCACGCCCGGCCGGAGCUGCGCCGCGAGGCCGCCGCGCUCGCCGCGCGCUACGCCGCGCUACACGCGCAAGAUUCCGAUUGUUCAGACUCCUGUUCGCAAUGUAGCUCGCGUUCGUACUCCACAUCCGAAGCGGACACCAACGAAGACACGACCAAAACCGAACCUCCGCCACUACCAAGGGUCUCGCUCCCAUCCUACCCUACCGUCAUGCCAGUACUCAUCACGCCAACUGAACCAACCUCAACCAACAGCAUCCGACCCAAUUUACACCAGUACCUAGAAAGAGACAACACUAUCUGGAACACCAAUGUGAAAGAGACAAACGGAUAUGAUAUGUACAAAACUGUGUUAACAAAUAACAUGAAAAGCAUGAAUAUUAAUAAGCCAGGCAGCUCUAAACUCAUGGUGAUAAAUGAAGUACCAUCAAAUACAACAGUCGAUAUUCCUAGAGUACAUGAAGAUAGAUUAAAUUCUGGGCAUUUUAUGAAUAUGUUCAAAACAGAGUUGAGAGAAGAAUUUCCUAAUAGAUACAGGUACCAAAUAACUGAUAGUUCAAACUCAAGUUUGAAUGCACUUGGUAGAUCGGAUAAUGGAAUGGAGAGGAAUGGCCAUAAAUCUGUGGAGAAAAAUAAAGUUAAAUUUUCAAAUACUGUCACCGUAGCUGUCGUAUCGGAGCCGAGAGUAUGUCCGGAGACGGAGCGCGAGCUGGCAGACAGCCUGCCGCUGUGCGCGCCGCACGCGUACCUGUCGGCGUUCGCGCCGCUGCCCGCGCCCGCCGCGCCCCCCGCACCGCCCGCGCCGGCCCCCGCGCCCGCCGCCGGUACUCUCGACUACGUCGAAGUGUGACGCACGCACGCAUGCCAGCACGUACAUAUACACCAGCUCAAAAACCACUCAAGAUCAAAGUUGUACAUUUUGGUAUGGUGUGAAAUAGUGUUCUUCCCAAAAUAUUAGACUGAUUGAAAUAAAUACCGUCCAUUAUUAUUACAAAAAUAUUUUAUAUUUAUUGUUAC